AUGGAUUACAACAUGGAGGAUAGCCAGAACUCAGCUCCCGGCAGUGUCCAGGCCGCCAAGCUCAACUCUGGUCACAAGGGCCCUGACUCUCAGAGCACCACCAAGAGGCUGCAGACCGAGCUGAUGCAACUCAUGACGUCGCCUGCUCCCGGCGUCUCUGCCUUUCCCGGUGCGGAUGGAAACCUCCUCGCUUGGACUGCCACCAUCGAGGGUCCCGACGAUACUCCCUACGCUGGCUUGACCUUCAAGCUCAGCUUUGCAUUCCCCUCAAACUACCCUUAUGCCGCUCCUACGGUGCUCUUCAAGACACCCAUCUACCAUCCUAAUGUCGACUUCUCCGGCCGCAUCUGCUUGGACAUUCUCAAGGACAAGUGGACCGCUGCUUACAACAUUCAAACUGUUCUGCUGAGCCUUCAAAGCUUGCUUGGCGAGCCCAACAAUGCUUCACCCCUCAACGGUGAGGCUGCCGAGCUCUGGGACAAGGAUACCGAGGAGUUCCAGAAGAAGGUUCUGGCACGCCACAGGGAUGUUGAGGACGAGUAA